AUGGUGGGCGCCACCGUUCAAGCGGACAAUCGCGUCCACCGCAUGGCGGUGGAGGACCCGGUCCCCUGGUAUCGCAAGCGAAAUCUCCGCAAUCUAUACUUCCUGCUGUUUCCAUGUCUCAUGGGCAUCGAGACGACCUCCGGUUUCGACUCGCAGAUCAUCAACGCCGUCCAGCUGGUGCCUGCCUGGUAUGAUUUCUUUGGACAUCCAACAGGAGGUUAUAAGGGAAUUCUGGCGUCUGCGCUUCCACUGGGCGCAGUCAUCGGAUUGCCCUUUAUUCCUCUUGUCAACGAUACCUUUGGUCGAAGAUGGUGCGUCAUGACGGGGAGUAUAAUCAUGAUCAUCGGGUCUCUCAUUCAAGGCUUUGCGCAGAAUGCACCCAUGUACAUCAUCGCUCGGCUAAUCAUUGGAUUCGGACUUCCUUAUGCCAUCGUUGCCGGCUCAAGUCUUAUUGGAGAACUUGCGUACCCGAAGGAACGUGCCGUCUUGACAUCGCUAUUCAAUGCUGCUUACUUUAUCGGUGCUAUCAUUGCUUCUGGUGUAACGUAUGGAACACAAUUGAUCCCAUCAGAUUGGUCUUGGAGGCUUCCUUCAAUCCUACAACUAACUCCAUCAUUGUUACAAGUCAUUUUUAUCUUCCUCAUCCCAGAGAGUCCCAGAUAUCUCAUCAGCAAGGACAGGCAUGAAGAAGCCUUCAAGAUACUCGUCAAGUAUCAUGCUGAAGGAGACGAGAAUUCCGAAUUCGCUAAGGCCGAAAUGGCAGAGAUCAAAACAACGAUAGCCAUCGAGCUGGAGCACUCGAAGCGAUCCUGGUAUGACAUGGUCAGCACCGCGGGAAACCGACGUCGCCUCCUGAUCGGAUCACUGGUGGGUAUCAUGACCCAGUUAUCAGGGAACGUCGUGAUAUCAUAUUACCUCGGAGAUAUUCUUGCUCUCGUGGGCUUCACGGACCCUCAGUUCGCCGCGAAAUACAAUAUCGGUAACCAGGUCUGGGGUCUCGUGUGCGCUGUCGUAACGGCACUGAUCAUUAUGCGGUUCAAACGGCGCACGAUGUAUCUUUUUGCUAUCUCCUGGUGCCUAGUGGCCUAUGUUGGUUGGACCGCCUCGGCAGCCGUAGCGGUGGAGAGGCACAACGAUGCCGCUGCAAAACUAACAUUAUUCUGGAUAUAUUUCUACCAACCCGGUUAUAACAUCGGCUUCAAUGCCCUAACAUAUACUUACUUGGUUGAGGUAUUCCCUUACGCCAUGAGAGCACGCGGUAUCACGGUCUUCCAAUUCUUCGGGAAAGCGGCACAGUUCUUCGGCACAAACGUCAAUCCUGUCGGCCUUGACCCCGUAAACGGCAUCGGCUGGAAGUUCUUAAUCGUAUACUCAGUCUGGAUUCUCAUCGAGGGUAUACUUAUAUACUUCCUCUGGCCUGAGACAUCGGGCCGUACUCUAGAGGAACUCGCAUUCCUGUUCGAAGACGACCAGCGCGCAAUCAAGACGGCUGAGGCUGUUGAGAACGAGAUCGGUCAAGACAGUCCCGUCUCUGAGGAGAAGGCAGCUGAGAAACUACCUUAA